AUGGAGAAUAGCGAUUCUGGGGUGAAUGUAGCAGUGCAGCAGGAAGUAGCUGAUGACCGUGGGUUAAUGAGCGAAAAAGACAAACAGUCGGAAGGGGCUGAACUGUUCAAUGGACCGCUGCGGGGUGAUCCUUUAUGCGGCGGGCUUUGUCCACAAACGCGGGCUUUUCCCGACGACGCGGGCGAGCCGGGACUAGGUCAGGUAUGCAGUGAAAGUGAAGCUACCCUUGGCGAGGCUACGGUUUCCCAGGCGAACGAGGUGAGCGCACCGAAAGUAGCAAAUGACAGUGUGCUACUGCAGUUGUUACAGCAGAUGAAUAGAGACAAUAAGGAGAGAGAUAGGGAGAAUAAAGAGAGGGAUAGAGAUAAUAAGGAAAGAUGGGAAGCGAUGAAUAGAGACAAUAAGGAGAGAGAUAGUGAGAAUAAGGAAAGAUUUGAAGCAACUAAGGAAAGAUUGGAGGCAAUGGAUAAGGGGAAUAAAGAGGCAAUGAGGAAGCUACACACAGUUAUCGAUGAGCGUCUGUCCGCAGUUAAUAAUCGGUUAGAUGAGGGGGAGAAGAAUCUGAAUGCAGUGAAGCAAGACUGUGAUGCCGUGAAAGAAAAAGCCAAUAAUUUGGAGGUACGAAUAAGUGCAAUAGAGAGCGUAACUAGGUUGCAGUCGAAAAGUGUAGCCACAAUGGAGAAUAGCGAUUCUGGGGUGAAUGUAGCAGUGCAGCAGGAAGUAGCUGAUGACCGUGGGUUAAUGAGCGAAAAAGACAAACAGUCGGAAGGGGCUGAACUGUUCAAUGGACCGCUGCGGGGUGAUCCUUUAUGCGGCGGGCUUUGUCCACAAACGCGGGCUUUUCCCGACGACGCGGGCGAGCCGGGACUAGGUCAGGUAUGCAGUGAAAGUGAAGCUACCCUUGGCGAGGCUACGGUUUCCCAGGCGAACGAGGUGAGCGCACCGAAAGUAGCAAAUGACAGUGUGCUACUGCAGUUGUUACAGCAGAUGAAUAGAGACAAUAAGGAGAGAGAUAGGGAGAAUAAAGAGAGGGAUAGAGAUAAUAAGGAAAGAUGGGAAGCGAUGAAUAGAGACAAUAAGGAGAGAGAUAGUGAGAAUAAGGAAAGAUUUGAAGCAACUAAGGAAAGAUUGGAGGCAAUGGAUAAGGGGAAUAAAGAGGCAAUGAGGAAGCUACACACAGUUAUCGAUGAGCGUCUGUCCGCAGUUAAUAAUCGGUUAGAUGAGGGGGAGAAGAAUCUGAAUGCAGUGAAGCAAGACUGUGAUGCCGUGAAAGAAAAAGCCAAUAAUUUGGAGGUACGAAUAAGUGCAAUAGAGAGCGGUAUUACAGAACGUAGGGACGUGUUGCCGGAUGAGCGAAUCAAAGAGAUAGUGGAGGACUUACUUGCAGAUAAACAAGGGGCAUUAGAAGCUCAAGUCACCCGGCAGGAAGUGGCGCUAAAUAAACACAGGGAUGAAGUUGCGGAGACGCCCGAGGUCGCCAAUUGGCUGGAGUCCAGCGGGGCUCGCCUGGAGCAGCGUUCCGCCCUCAUCGCGGCCGCCCAAAUGAAAAACGGAGUGACGCCCGACGCCGCGGCGCUACUUGUUGAAUGCGCCGCCGCCCAGAAAUGCCUCUGUUUGUUCGGCUCGGUCGCUCGGCCAGUAGAAGUCAGCAUGUUUCCGGGGCGCGGCUGCGCGCUGAGAUAA